UGCUUCCGGUCGCUGCGGCUGUGCGCCACCCGACCUACCUAUAAAGAAUCAGAAGCCGGUGGGUCUGGGGUGCAGGAAGCCCCGAAGAUGGCUGCCAUGCCGACGGCGACCCCGGUUCCGAUCGAGGGGAGAUGCAGUUACUUUGUGGAAAGGAAGAAUCGCUUCUGCCGGAUGGUGCCGGCGGCAGGGAGACGGUUCUGCGGGGAGCAUGCGGGAGCUGCGGGAGCGGGCGCGGAAGAAGAAAAUACCAGGAAAAGAAUACUCUGUCCCCUAGAUCCAAAACACACAGUAUAUGAAGAUCAGCUUGAAAAACAUUUGAAAAAAUGUAACUCAAGAGAGAAACCAAAACCAGAUUACUUUAUUCAAGAUAUUAAUGCAGGAUUAAAAGAUGAAACAGAAAUUCUUGAUGAACUGGUCCCAAUUUCUUCUCUAUCUGAAGAGCAGUUGGAAAACUUAAUUAAGAAAUUGAGAAAAGCCAGUAAAGGUGUGGAUUAUACACUUAAAGAUCAAAUAAUGUCACAUCCUGCAUUGCACGAUGUCCUAAAUGACCCCAAAAAUGGUGAUUCUGCAUUCAAGCACUUGAAACAACAGGCUUCAAUUUUAGGUAACAUUGAAAGAUUAAAUUUACUGAGACCAAGAAGGUGCUUUGUUGAGUUUGGAGCUGGAAGGGGAAAAUUGUCUCAUUGGGUUGAUAUUGCCUUACAAGAAGCUGAAAAAGUCUACUUCCUGCUAGUGGAAAGGGUGACCACAAGAUUCAAGGUAGAUGGUAAACACAAAAACAGAAACUCUGUAUUUGAAAGGCUUCAAAUUGAUAUUCAACAUUUAUGUUUGAGCAAAAUACCUGUGCUAAUAAAAGAAAAGUUACCUGUGGUUGGAAUUGGAAAACAUUUAUGUGGUGUGGCAACAGAUCUUGCAUUGCGAUGUUUAGUCGAAACCUAUCCUACCAGAUGCAGAGAAGGAAAUGAGGAACCGGUGGCCAAGCGUAUAAAGAAAACGGACACAGAAAAUGACACUUCGGGAAAUGAAGAAAGUGAAAAGAAUGAAUUAGAGCAGUGGAUCCCUGUGGCUGGCAUCGUUAUUGCACUCUGUUGUCAUCACAGGUGUGAUUGGAGGCAUUACGUGGGCAAAGAAUUUUUCAAGACCCUAGGACUUGGGCCAGUGGAAUUUAACUAUUUCCAACGGAUGAGUAGCUGGGCCACUUGUGGAAUGCGGGAAACAACUUUGGAAACAUCAAAAAUUAAUAUAAAGAAAAGAGAUGAUCAGACCAAUGAUAAUGAAGAGCAUGACCAUGAAGGAUACAGGAAAACAGAUGAUAAUCCCGAAGGCUUACCUGGGCUUCUUACUGUCGAAGAAAGGAAAAAUAUAGGUCGUCUCUGUAAAUUGCUAAUUGACCAAGGCCGAAUCCAAUAUUUACAGCAGAAGGGAUAUAAUGCUUCAUUACAGUACUAUACAGAAUCCCUUGUGUCUCUAGAAAAUGUCCUGUUAACAGCUUUACCCAAACAGUCUUCAACACCAGGCUCAACUACAUGAUGAAAGAGAAAUCCGAAAAGUUCCUACUGAGCAAUUUUAUAGCCCUUCUCUGGAUAUUUUAAACAGAUAAGAUAAUUUAUACAAAAAUUAUGGGGAAAUUGUCUCCCACAAAAAAGUAAAGUUUCAAAUUAUGGUUUUUAUAUUGACAAAAAGAAACUAAAAACAUUUUAAAUAACUGAUAAUACAAACAUGUUUAUAUGUUCUAAGCUCUUCAAGUUCUGAUGUUUGUUUUCAAAGACUUCAGAAAUGCUGAUGUGUAGCUAGCUAAUUCACCAGAUCCUCAAAAUAAUCCUCUUCAGUAGGUCAUCUUGAGGUAUUUUAUUCAUCAUUAUUUAUAGAGUCUGGCAAAGCAGUUGGACAAUUUUCUUUGUUUUCUGAAAUACAAAAGCAUUCCCACAUGUAACCUAGAAUCUUAACAAAAGUGCCUCUUUGCAUAAACUUUAGAAGAAUUUAAUUUCCUUUUGUUCUUAGUUAAUUUCUAUUGUAUAAUUUCUGAAUCUUGCUCUACAUAUGUAAUAAAUAAAUAUUUUUAAGGGUUUUUUUUAGAACGAAGGCAAAACUUCAGAGUUGCUGAAAUACAUAAAGAUUUGUGGGGGUAAAUCCAAGAAAGACAACCAGGUUAUGACUGGAAACAAAUACCCAUAACAUCACAAUGAAGUUAUGAAAUUGGUAUCAGUGAGGUCACUUAGAUAGAUUUUGGAAAUAUCCACAUCAUAUCAGAAUUUACAGGUGACCAAAACCGGAAAAGAAGAAAUGUUUACUUGAAAUACAAAUGUCCUAUUACAUUUUUACCUAAUAAUGAGCUGGUUAGGAAUUCUCCAAAUAAACAUUUUCUGUAGCCAGUGGCUUUUACAUUUGCCAAUAUCCCCGGUGUUUUCCUCAGUUUAAGAGGAGAAAAUUAAAGGGAAUUAGGCGGUAGAAUCAAAAAUAUUCAUUUCUUGCUUAGGCUUCUCAUCUUUAGCCAGUGAGUUUUAUGCAUAGAGUAGUAUAAGCAUGAAAAAAGAUGAUAGUGCUUCCAUAUUUUCUUGUAGCAUCUGAUAUUAUUCUACCCUCGUCUUUAAAAAAAAUACCUCUUAAAAAAGGGAUAUAGGCUUCCUACUUGUAAUUGUUGUUAUCUUUGCUGAAACAAGUAUCCAGGUGUGACUAUACUAAUAUUUAGGAAUUAUUAGUUUGUAAUUCCUAUUAGAGAAAUUCCAACAGUAUGUUGGAUUACUCUGACAUUACCAGAUAGUCUGUACUUGAGUAAGUGAAUUAUUGGUGAUAAGUCUGUCUUGUUCGUUAUUAUAGAACUUUUGACUAUUGCUAGCCACAAAACUUAAAUUAAUUUUUUUAAAUGUCAGUCUCUAAUUACAUAUUAUAGUCCUAAGCUAAAAUUACUUCAAUUUUUCUUGUGUUUUUAAUUUCAUAUCAAAUAAAAUUGGAAUGAUUCAA